GGAGGCUUAAGAAGUACUUCCAAUCUCGUACUUCAUCCGAAUGUGGUCAGUGCCAUGUCAACAGCCCUGAACCUGAAGUGAGUCUCGACGCAGCCGACAAGUUCUUCCUAAAUUAUCAAGCGGAUUACGAUGAACCAGCUUGAACCGACAGUUUGCAAGAGUGCGCAACGACUGUUUUGAAUCUCAUCCUCUGGAGAAUAUUUUCCAUUGGCCAUAUGCGCUGAAGGAACGAUGUACAAAUCAAAGGUAUUCCUAAUUUGGUGUUUGCUGGCGAUAUGCAAUUAUUGUGGCGCAGUAUUGACACAGCAGACUAAUGACACUGAGCAAGCAGCAUCAGGAAAUGUAAAUAGGAGAGAAGCUCCAUCCGGUUUUGGAGUACCACCGACUGGAUUAAGUGAUUCCUAUGGAGCUCCUUUGCCAGCAGAUAGUUAUGGACCACCGCAUCCCCAUGUUGGUCCGAAGCCAGUUUACGGACCACCACCACUGCCUAAACUUCCUCAAGACGAAUAUGGACCACCACCAGCCCCGUCGGAUUCAUACGGCCCACCACCGUCUUUAAAUUUUGGUGUACCAAAACCAGUGUACGGACCACCAAAACCGGUGUACGGACCGCCAAAACCUGAAUAUGGACCUCCACCAAAGCCGGAAUACGGUCCGCCCGAUUUAAGCCCUCCACCGCAUAAACCGCCAAAGCAUUUUGGCGGAGGAGGAGGUGGCAGUUACCACGGCCCAUCUUUUCACGGACCAAAACCACACUAUGGCCCACCAAAACCUGUUUAUGGACCCCCUAAUAAGUUCGGACCAUCAUCUCCUUCGCACUCGUACGGUCCUCCAAAAUCCGUGUACGGUCCGCCUCCAUCUAAACCUAAACCAGUAUACGGUCCUCCGAAACACUCUUUCACUCCUCCCAAACAGUUUUACGGGCCGCCUAAACCGAAACCUGUAUACGGCCCACCUAAACACCAUAGUAGUGGUCCGCCGAAAUCUACUUAUGGUCCACCAAAACAUAAUCUAAGCCCUCCAAAGCCAGUUUAUGGUCCACCCAAGAUAACAUACGGUCCUCCUAGUGGUUCUUAUGGUGUUCCACAUGCUCCUCCUGGUGUUCCGUCACCACCCACUCCUCCGGAAAUAACAUAUGAUGGAUGGCAACCGAUACCAGGUUUAUCACCACAUCCUGACGGAAACUGUCCGCCAGAUUCCGGUCAUCAUCAUCACCAUAGUGACGGAGGCGGAUAUGAUGGUCCUCCUCCACCACUUACUGGAGGACAUGUUUCACAAGACUAUGGCCCUCCGCAAAACGCAGGAGGUCAUCCGAGUGACACAUACGGACCACCGACAAACAAUGGUCUUGGGGUCGAUCUAAGUGCUCCAUCUGUUAAUCAAAGUCCGUUCAGUUUUGAAGGAGGUCAUGGAAGUCAUGGUGGCCAUGAUCUAAAUCAGAAUUUUGAACCACCGCCACCACUUAGUGGAACAUAUGGGCCUCCGAGUGGUUCCUACGGACCGCCAUCAAGUGGCCCACAGGAUAGUUACGGGCCACCACCAUCUCCAAGUGGAUCAUAUGGACCCCCAUCAGGUCAUGAUCAAAGCUCACUAUUACCGCCGGCGGGUAGCUACGGUCCACCGCCCAGCAAUAAUUAUGGCCCACCUCCACCGCCUGGCGGCAGCUACGGACCUCCACCGCCUGGCGGCAGCUACGGACCUCCACCGAGCGACAGUUAUGGACCUCCAAGUAACUCAUUUGCAUCACCCCCGAGCCAGUCAUAUGGGGUACCUCAAAAUCAUGCAGACACCGGUAACUUUGGUUUUCCGAUCGCAAGCUGCUGCGGAACACCUCCACCUGAAGUGGGACACCAGCAUAAACCUCCACCUUUAGGUCUAGCUUAUGGAGUGCCCUCUGGUAAACAAAUAGAAGGGCCAAACCUACAACCUAAGGUACCGGUUAAAUUCAGAGAGCCGGUCCCAAAAGGUUUAAUAGAAGCUAUAGGGGAAUCUGUAGAAUUCAAAACCAGCGGUCAUGGACGGCCAUUCCAAGGGGGUACGUACAUUCCACCGAGCGUUCCUGAAGUGCCUCAACACGUUCCAGAUGACGAUAACAAUCAUUAUGCAGCAUCGUUGUCUCAUCAUGACCUUUCAGUCGGACAACCGUUCCGACUUCAGAAUUCAUUCGACCAGUCACCAUCUGUAGAUUUGACACCACCUGGUGGCUAUCAGAGUCAUGGAGCACAUUCAGAGGAAGCUCCCAGUUAUGCCGUACCGGCCGAACCAUCACGUUCUAACGAUUUCAAUCACGGAGAAAUCGCGAAUUCUCUAGGCCUGGAAAACGCCGAUAUCACUCAGUCUCAAAGUAUAGAUUUCGGAAACGCUUUGGACUUUAAACUACAAGGAAACCAAGGAACCUACGACUUGCAGGUACAAGGCGGAUCAUCUGGAUCUAAUCCGGAACAAAUCCUUCCCCGUGGACUGUUGCAAAAUAUAUUAUCAGCAAUCGAACAACAGCCAUCCACGGUGCAAGCAGUGCAGCAUAGUUACGGCCCCGACAGCUUACCGAGUGGUUCAGAGCUCGUCAGGAUUAAGCAUGAAUCGUCAGAUUCCGAAACGUUAUCCGUUGAAGAAUCCGUCAACGCUGCAUCAGCGACGAAUGACAUAAGACCAAGCAACAUCGCACUCUAUUUUAACCCAGAUCACAACAAACCACAAAACGAGACGUUCUCAUCGUUUCCAGAAUCGAGGGACCAACUAGUCGAAGAUAAAAAGGACGGAAGCUACGUCGUUUUCGACAGCCCUUCUAGCAAAUAUUCCUACGACAUAACCUCACAAACAGAAUCGCGAUAGCGCGAAUUGUUUUCUUGUCUUCAUUUGCCUUGUGCUAGGAUCUACCUUUCACAUAUUUAUUUAUUUACAAACGUGUGAUACCUGUAAAUACUGAACGUGUGCCAAUUAUGUCUGUUUAUUGCAUUUUAUUACUUAAUCACAACAGUUCAAAUAUUUAUUUUUGAACUGUGUCGUGAUACCGUAUUUGUACUGAUAUUAAUAAAGCCAAUUAUUAGGUGUGUAAAUAUUUAUUGCGAUUAAAGUACUUAUAAUUUA